AAACUGCGUAUUGAAGCAACUGCUAAUUGUUCUCUCUCUCUAUAAGGGCUCUGCCUCUGCCGAAACAAUCAUACCAAUGACAUUAAAUCCAGAUAUCUCUUUAUUCCUUUUCGUAUUUUUGAUCUGACGUCAAGUUUUCAUUUUUUUUCACCAAAAUGGAAAAUGUGAUCUGGGUUUUUCACAGAAAGAGUUAAAACAAUCGGAGAUUUUUCAUUAUUUUUCUUGAGUGAUGGGUCUGGUUGAUUCCUUGUUUGGAAAAGAUGCAAGGAAAUUUCUCAAAAGGAAAGACAGUGAUGCUGCAGAAGCAGGACGAGCUUUGGAAGAACUUAGAAGCUCUCUAUACAAUGAGCUUAAAACAUCAGAAGGAGCUAAACGCCAACAACAGAGAUUCUGUGGCCCUGUUGUUGCAAUGUCAUUCAAUUUCAUUGUUGCAGUUGGAAUCAUCCUCGCCAAUAAAUUAGUGAUGGGACGAGUUGGAUUCAAUUUUCCGAUCUUUCUAACGUUGAUUCACUAUGCUGUUGCGUGGAUACUUCUAGCUUUCUUCAAGUCUCUUUCAUUACUUCCAAUGUCUCCUCCCUCAAAGACAACACCUUUCUCCUCUCUCUUCUCUCUUGGAGCUGUCAUGGCCUUUGCUUCUGGUCUCGCUAAUACCAGUCUCAAACACAACAGUGUUGGAUUCUACCAGAUGGCCAAGAUCGCGGUGACACCAACGAUUGUCCUUGCAGAGUUUGUUCUCUUCAAGAAAACCAUUUCUUCCACAAAGGUUGUGGCAUUAGCCAUAGUAUCUUUAGGUGUGGCUAUCGCGACAGUAACCGAUCUAGAAUUCAAUUUGUUUGGUGCAUUGGUUGCUGUUGCUUGGAUUAUACCAAGUGCCAUCAAUAAAAUUCUCUGGUCUAAUCUUCAGCAACAAGCUAACUGGACUGCUCUAGCAUUGAUGUGGAAGACGACGCCGUUUACUGUUUUCUUCUUGUUGGCUCUCAUGCCAUGGCUUGACCCACCUGGAGUUUUGCUCUUCAAAUGGGACUUGGGUAAUUCCUCUGCAAUCCUCGUCUCGGCUCUGCUCGGCUUUCUUCUCCAGUGGUCUGGUGCACUCGCUCUCGGGGCAACCUCGGCAACAUCUCAUGUAGUAUUAGGGCAAUUCAAGACAUGUGUGAUCUUGCUUGGGGGUUACGUUAUCUUUGGCUCCGAUCCCGGUUUCAUCAGCAUCUGCGGCGCUGUGGCGGCUCUUGCCGGCAUGUCUGUAUACACGUGGCUCAAUCUUCCAGGGAAAUCCAUCGAUCACAGCUCGAGCAAGCUGCUUCCGAAUCAAAACACUGCCGUUUCGAAACCUAAAGCUGAGAAUGACGACGGAGGAGGAGAGACCGCCGUUGUUUCGGCUGAGCCAAAUCUCUCAAAGACGACAACUGCAAAUAUCGUAUAGCUUAUGUUCUUUUUAAUUAGAUGCCAAGAAAAUAGUUUUCUUUCCUUUUCAGGGAUUAGCUUGUAAAAUCGGUUUUAAGUUUAAACAUUUUGCUAUCUAAUUGAAUUAGUAAAUUAAUAAAAUACAGAUUUGAUGU